GUUUGACAUGUUUGUCAUUCAAAUAUCAUUUUUUUGCUAACCUAAAAUGUUUUAUCAAAUGACUUGAUUUUGCUAUUUUUUGAUAAUUUUUCACGGUAUUUUUUAUAAAUUUACGAAGCUAAAUCCCGAUUGUGUCGAAACGCGUGCAAUAUCUUUUUUGAGUUUUUUUUUAAUGAGCGACAACUUUUAAUGAUGACUAUACGCUAAAGCCUUGCAAAAUGGAAAACGACCCGAAUAACACUCAGCAAACAGCGGGUCGCGAGACUGGACGAUGCAUGUCCGUGGCCGCGAUGCAAGCGCUGCACCGUUUGCGCGAGUGCCGGCUGCUUUGCGACGCGAUCGUGCGAGCGGACGACGGCGCGGCCUUCCCCGUCCAUCGCGCCAUACUGUCGGCCUGCAGCCCUUACUUCUUGGCUCUCUUUACAACAACGCUGCAUUCCCGUGAGCAAAGCGAUGUGCUGAUAUCCGGUGUACGUUCCGAAAUACUACUAUUGCUGAUUGAGUACGCGUACCUUCGCCGCAUCGAUGUCACGGACACCAAUGUGCACGAGCUGCUGAUGACCGCUGACUACCUGGCCUUUCUCGGAGUACUCCAAUUGUGCUGUGAUCACCUGAGGACCUCGCUGAACCCUAAGAACUGCCUUGGUAUCAUGAUGUUUGCGAGACGCGUGUUCUGCUACAAGCUAGAAGCCGACGCCCGUCGCUAUUUGCUGCGUUACUUUGUCACUGUGGCCACUCAAAGCGAUGAGUUUCUACAUCUGCCACUCGAUGAGUUGAACAGCAUCAUACUUGAGGAUGAAUUGAACGUGAAAAGCGAAGAGGCAGUCUGGGAAUCGGUUUUGCGUUGGGUCAAUUACGAUCGGGACGCGCGCUGGCAGAACACUGUCAAACUUAUGGGCAGUAUUCGACUUGGGUUACUGGAUACGCAAUUCUUCCUGGAAAAUGUCAAGGAUCAUCCGUACGUGACGGGGAAUGAAAACUCGCGCCCUAUCAUCAUCGAAACCCUGAAAUUUCUAUAUGAUUUGGAAAUGAUUGCGCAGAGAGAUGGGGAGGUUGCCACUCCAGAGAUAGCACGACCUAGAGUGCCACAUGAGGUCCUAUUUGCGAUUGGCGGGUGGAGCGGAGGUUCACCGACAGCUUUUAUUGAAACUUACGACACGCGAGCCGAUCGUUGGAUUAAGGUCGAAGAGGUAGACCCAGCAGGUCCUCGUGCAUACCACGGCACAGCUGUUCUUGGCUACUGCAUUUAUGUUAUCGGAGGUUUUGACGGCAUGGACUACUUCAACUCCUGUCGAUGUUUCGACGCCGUCACGAAGACAUGGCGUGAGGUCGCGCCAAUGAACGCACGCCGCUGCUACGUGUCCGUAGCUGUGAUUGGCGAGACGAUAUAUGCCAUGGGCGGCUACGACGGCCACCACAGACAGAACACGGCGGAGAGGUUCAACCACAGGACAAACCAGUGGUCGUUGGUGGCGCCCAUGAACGCGCAGCGGUCGGACGCGAGCGCUGCGGCUUUAGAUAAUAAAAUCUACAUAACGGGUGGUUUCAACGGUCAAGAAUGCAUGAACAGUGUAGAAGUAUACGACCCCGACACCAACCAGUGGACCAACCUCGCGCCGAUGCGCUCUCGGCGUUCCGGUGUUUCUUGUAUCGCCUACCAUAAUAAGAUUUACGUAAUCGGGGGUUUCAAUGGUAUAUCGCGCAUGUGCAGCGGCGAGGUCUACGACCCGGCCACCAAUGCGUGGUCACCGGUACCAGAUAUGUACAACCCUAGAAGCAAUUUUGCAAUAGAGGUCAUUGAUGACAUGAUAUUCGCGAUUGGUGGAUUCAACGGCGUCACUACUAUAUACCACGUUGAAUGUUACGACGAGAAGACAAAUGAAUGGUACGAAGCAACAGACAUGAACAUCUACCGUUCAGCGCUGUCAGCGUGCGUGAUCAUGGGGCUGCCGAAUGUGUACGACUACAUACACAAGCACCGCGAGCGCUUGAUGGAAGAGAAGCGGCAGAAGAUACUGCUUUCCGAGACGGCUAGGCAUCCGCAACAUCGUACAGCCCUGCCAGAUGUCCACCUCAUGGAAGACAACGACGACAUGCUGGAACAGCUCGGUCUGAUGGAGAACCAGAACGACGUGCCCCCGCCCCCGCCGCCGCCACCCCCGCAUCCCCUACAGCCGCAACCCAUGGAGCAAGACAGGAACUUAUUGUGAACACUAACUUGCAAUAGGUAAUCUCAUAAAGGUGCAAUCAUCAAGAAAGAAACGUCUAGUCAAUAAUAAGGAAUAUCUAUUGAUAUACUAAAACAAUCUCGUAGGAAAAACUUUAUAUAAAAAUUGUUUCGUACCCGUUCUUUAUUUAUAAAAUAUUUACAAUUAUUUUAGUAAUUUUGCCAUAUUUUUAAUGUGAUUGAUUUAAUUUCAUAAUGUGAAUCAUACCUACCUGUAUUUUGGGAAUAGUUUUUGAAUAUUGUAUCAAAUUUAUAGGAAGAUUGUAAUAUUAUAUGCAACAAAGUUGAAAA